AUGGCGUCUCGAAAUUUCCCGGCGAUGCCGACACCGUCGUCGUUGCUAUCGGCGUAUGCUUCAAUGUCAACCUCAAUCAUGCUCUUCCGUACAAUGUUUGACCAGUUCUUCCCCAGACAACUGCGACGCUACGUCGUCGACGCCGUCCGAUUCUACUGGAAACCUAAAUCCUCAAAACUCACCCUCAUCUUCGAUGAGAAAGACGGAAUGACCUCAAACCACAUGUUCGAUGCCGCCGAAGCCUACCUUUGCACCAGAAUCAAUCCUGAUUCUGACCGUCUCAGGAUCACUAAAAACGUCAAAGAAAAGCACAUCAAUAUCAAGUUUGCAGAGUCUGAAGAGCUAGUAGAUUCGUUUGAAGGAAUCUCGCUUACAUGGAAGUACAUCAGUCAGCAGCCACAACAAAGGUCCGGCAGCGGCGGCGGCUAUGAUUUUGGUCAAAAUGGUGGAAAGAGUAGCUCCGGUGGAAGCUUUACACCGGAGAGAAAAUACAUCGAGCUGAAAUUUGACAAAAAACACAAAGAGAUUAUAAUAAGUGCUUACUUGCCAUCGGUACUGAAAAAAUUUCAGGAACUCGAAAACCAGAAGAAAGUCGUGAAGCUCCAUAACCUCCAAUCCUACGGCGGCGGACCAGGCGGUUUCAAGGAAUCGGUGAAUCUGGACCAUCCAUCAACGUUCGAUACAUUGGCGAUGGAUCUGAAGAUGAAGAAGGCGAUUAUCGACGACUUGAAUCUGUUUUUGACGAGGAGGGAUUUCUAUAAGAAAGUAGGGAAGGCAUGGAAGAGAGGGUAUCUAUUGUACGGUCCGCCGGGGACGGGGAAAUCGAGUUUGAUUGCAGCCAUAGCUAAUUACCUUAAGUUUGAUAUCUAUGAUUUACAGUUGAUGAAUGUUGGGAGUGAUUCGAGUUUGAAGAAACUGAUGUUAAGAACGUCAAAUCGAUCCAUACUGGUGAUUGAAGAUAUCGAUUGUAGCAUACAGCUGCCGGAUCGGAAGGGAACUGCUCCGGCCAAAAUUUCCGAUGGUAGAUCCAUUCGUGAUUCUCAGUUCUCGUUAUCGGGCCUUUUAAAUUUCAUAGACGGGCUAUGGUCGUGUUGUGGAGAUGAACGUAUCAUAAUCUUCACCACAAACCACAAAGAAAGACUCGACCCCGCAUUGCUUCGACCAGGGCGAAUGGACGUGCACAUUCACAUGUCAUAUUUGACCAUUGACGGGUUCAAGACACUAGCAGCCAACUACCUUGACAUUCACGACUACCAUCGUUCUUUUAGGGAAAUCAAUGAGUUGAUCAGUUGCACCAAAGUUACGCCCGCGGAGGUGGCUGAGGAACUCAUGAAAUCCAACAACGUCGAGCUUGUGCUCGAAGGGCUUGUGAAGUUUCUCAAACGUAAGAGGACGAGAGAUGAGGAAACUAAAGAGGGGAUCGAUAAUGGAGAUGAUGGAGUCCAUGAAGAUAAAAGAGCCAAAACUCUUUCAUUGAUUUAAUAGUCGAAUGCAAUCAACAAUAUUUCUAACAAUUUUAUUUGAUUC